AUGAACUAUCAACAUGUUUUAUCGGCCCUACGUGAUCUCCGUCCAUUGGGUGACGAUGAGCUGGAACAGAUCAUAACAUAUACAAACAGCCUCGACGAUACAGAAGCAGCUCGGCAUCUAGAGAACCUGCUCGGAGAUUCUCCAAGAUCUCUUGACCUUAUCUCAUCCUUCCUUGGUGGCCGAUCAAUCUUAUCCACAGAAGUAGCAGAAUCAACUGUCAAUAGUAUUGACACCUCUCACGGAGCGAGCAGUGGUAUGAAUUUCAAAGAAAUUGUCCAUGAUACCGAGAGUCAUCCACCACCUUAUGCAAUGAUUUUGGACUCUCGGAAUGUGAGUAGAUUGACUACUGGUCGUCACACCAAUGCUUUCAUUGAAGCUAGCAGAUUAAGGGCCAGAGAUGAGGUUAGAUAUGUCCGCAGUGUCAUAAUAAUUGAUGAAUUAAGGCAAAAUAUGAUUCAGUUGUUACAGCAAGUUCAGCUGGAGAAUGGCAUAUACAACAGUGAAAUAGAGCCCGAACACGAAGUGGAUUACCCGUGUGCCUGUUCCAUUCAUCAGUAUAAAUUAAGAAAAUUGGGCCGAUUGGCCCUGCAGGAGAGGUGGUCAAAGGCAGUUAUGUAUCCAGUACAAAUGAAUACCAGUUUGGAGUCGGGUCUCCGUAUGGUAAUCGACAGCAAAUUUUUACUACGCGAGGAAUGCCUAUAG